AUGUUCAAAUUGGAAUCAUAUAUAACGCCAGUCAUUCUUAGUUAUGUUGAAAAGUAUGUGAAGAAUUUUAAACCGGAACACUCUCAGGUUUCUUUAUGGGGUGGUGAUGCAUCGUUUAGAAAUCUUGAUUUACGGCUGGAAGUUUUAGAAGAACAAUUGAAUCUUCCCUUUGUUUUUGUUAGUGGUCAUAUACAUGAAUUACUUAUUCAUGUUCCUUGGGUAAAAAUAACUUCGGAACCAAUUGUGAUUACUAUUAAUACAAUAGAGUGCAUUUUAAAACUAAAAGAUGAUAAUAAAGUUGAAACCAAUUCUUCUUCUUUGCAAAGAAGGCAAGAGGAAGUGGUGACAAUGGAAAAAACACUACCUGGGUACAUAAAAAGUAUAGUAACAAAAGUUGUAAAUAACAUAACAAUUAAUUGUAAUAACUUAAUCCUAAAAUAUGUGGAAGAAGAUAUUGUUCUUAGUGUAAAUGUCAGAUUUUUAAGCAUGCAAACUGUCGAUAACAAAUGGGAACCAGCACUUACUGAUGUUCUUGCAUAUGAAGCUAUGCUUAGGAAAGUUAUUACUAUUAAAGAUCUAACAUUAUGUUUAGAUAAAAUGGACGCAUCUGGAAAAAUAGAAAUAUAUCAGGAUCCUGUUUUAUAUCGAUGUUUUAUUGUGAUACGUUUAAUCAUAAACUAUCAUAGUAAUACUGCAAGAAAAGCUUCCAUUACACGGUUAGAUCUUUAUUGUGAAAAAAUGGAAUUCAGUAUAACAGAACAACAAGUACCAAUGUUGCUUAGAUUAGCUGCAUUGAUAAUGGCUUUACAGACAAAACAAUUUUCAUCCAAUAAAGAAAAGUCUUUAAUCUCUGUAGAAGAAGGAGAAGACAGUACAGAAGAGGAUACAGAUCAUGUAAGUCGAGCUGCUGUAGAUAAUUCAGGUUGGGGUUGGGCUUGGAAUAUGUUAUCAUCUUUGUUACCUAUUGAUUGGGAUGAUGACUGGUCUGCAGAACAACAAAUGGCUUAUUCUGGACAUACCAUUCAUUUAGUCAUAUAUGUCCGAUAUGCGACUCUAACUUUUAAGGCAGUCGAAACUGUUAAAGAACAAUUGUUUUACAAAUCUCGUAAGCUACGAUAUAAAUCGUUUUUAACGGUAGAAUUGAACCGUGUGGUAGUGGAUACAUUGCUUCAAGGAAUUGCAAUGACUAGUUUUCAAAUUGGUAUGGGAUUCAUACGCGUAUAUCCAAGAGGAACUUGUUGUUGUGGUCAUCUUGAAGUAGUUGAUGAGACACAACCACCUUUAUAUUUAGUAGCUGGCAAGUUUUCUUAUACUCCUUAUAUGGAAGAUUCAUUAUUUGAUUAUAACUCAGUGGAAAAUAAAGGGAAAAAACGAGAGUAUAAACAAGGAAUUUAUUAUUAUUUACGUUCAGUUUCAGAAGAACAAUUAAUAGAACGAUGUCCUGCAUUUAGUAUGGACUAUGUCCAUUGCAUUCAAUUGCCAGAUGAUAUAACACCUGAAAAAUUGUCAGAAUUUGGAUCUACUUUUGAGUAUAGCAAUUUUCACGAAGAAAGAGUAAUGAGAUACAUCAUAGGUGAUUUGACUAUCAGAUUAUGUUCGGGUAUCUUUCAUCGUAUCGAAACUAUAAAGCAAGCUGCUGCAAAUUACGAUUACAAUCCAUAUCUUAUUACUAAACCAGAUCCAUUAGUAGAUGAACUCCCACCAGUUACAGUGGAAGAAUAUAGAGCACUACGACAUAAUACACCUAUGGUUGAGACAAAAGUAGUAAUAGUGAAAGUGUCAAUACAAUUACAAUUAGCAGAUCAUUCCAUUACUGGACUACCACGACAAAGGAAGAUUGUUGAAAAUCGAACGACGCUUUUAACUCCUGCUCUUACAGACGAUCCUUUCGUGAGCAUUGAAUGUGAAAAAGCAAUAGCAAAUAUGCAUCAACCUUUAUACCCAUUUAGGCUUGCAGCUUGUAUAUCCAAAGUACCUAAUCGUAUAACUGAGAUGUUUACUAAGUGUCAUAAAGUUAUUACAAUACAGGUGAUUGGAGCAAGAAGCCAACUUUACUUGACAAAAAAUUGUCACACAUCAAUAAUAAUGCCUUACACUGUUGAAUGCAAAAUCAAAAAAUUACUGUAUCCACAAUAUUGGAAAGAUGUUGAUUUAAUACAUGAAAUUUAUACUGCACAUAUUGAGAGUAUUACAAUUACAGGAACAAAGGCAAAGUUAAUGACUGCUGUAUCUAUCUUAACUUCAAUUUUCGAUAGUAAUGAUACAACUAAUCCUCUUAUAUGUUCCUCUUUAUUUAAUGAUGCUUGCCAAGAAACUAAUCCUGUAUAUCUGGAAUUGUUGUUAGAAAACAUAAAUUGCCAAAAGUUGUCGUCUUUAGUUACGAUAUCAAAUGAACUAAACAUAAGUUCGAUAAAAAUGUUUGCUCUAAAUGAAUCACAGCAAGCCUUUAUAUUUUCUGGACCAGAAAGUAAUAUUCACGGUGAUACAGAAAAUAAAUCACUACUAUCGGCCGUAAUACAAUUUCCACAAAAUGUUGAAAGGCAAACACAUCCACCUUUGGUUUCUUUUCAAAUGGCAGAUAUUAGGGCUUCACUUGAUCCUUUACUUUUUAAGUGGCUGGAAUAUCGUGUUACAUAUUAUAAUUUGGGUACCUUAUGUACAACGCGACCCGAAAUGCAACAUUUUGAAGGUGCGUCAUCAGAUACUGGUACAAAGAAAAAAACAUUUCCCAAUUUACACGAGAGUGUACAUAGUUCAUCAGAUAAGGAAAAACGAAAAUCAGUUAUAACCACGGAAAAAUCAAAGACUGUACAAAAUGAUGAAGUUCUAAAAAAACAUGAUUCUAAAUCUGAAAAUGAAAGACAGAACUUACAGAAUUUGGGAAUAUUGGUCAGAUUAGCAGAACUGUAUCCAUGGUGGUGUGGUCUUGUGUUAAGUGGAUGUAUUGGACAUAUUGUUAUUUACAUACCAUCAAUUACAAUGAGUGGUAUUGGUGCAUAUGGUAUAGAAGAAGCUAAAGACAAAGCAUUAAAAAAUGAUAAUAGCUUACAAAUAUUGAUAAUAAAAUUACCUUCUCUUCUUGUUCAUUCAUCUAACAUGAAUUUUGAAUUACUUGCACCUUAUCUCCAAAAACUACCAGUUAAAUUACCAAACUCAAUGUGGACGAAUAAAUUGCAAAGUUUCCCAUGGACAUUAAGCCUUGUUGAUUUUCAUUGUUAUAUGUUACAACAACAAACACAAAGAAACUUUAUUAAAAAGAUGUCAUUAAAUGCUACAGUUGCUCUUACAACUAAAAUUGUGACAUCUCAAUCUGGAGAAAAUACAUUGAGUGCUUUAGGUGUUUGUGUCCACAUUGAUAAUUCGCCUAUUAUUACUUCGAUUUCUGAAGAACAGGUAGUUUUUAUGAAUAAGAUAAUCUCAAAUAUUUUAAGCACAUUGCGAGUUCCAUCCAGUAAUGAUAAAAGUAUCAUACCUAGUACUCAAAUAAAUGCAGAAGCACAAGUAGUUCUUCCUCUCGUACCACAAACUCCAUCUACACCCACACAAUUACUAUAUCCUGAAGAUACAACUACAAACUCAACUAUUUCAACUUCAAAAGAUGAAAGUACACAAGACACAGACGAACUAGUUUUAACAGCAUGGAUUCAGUGGACUAUAACAAAAAUAGCAAUUAAAUUGUAUGUGAUGGAAAAAGAAACUUUAUCUUCAUUAAAAUUAGUUCUUGAAUUAGAAGAUAUUAUUACUUCUCUAGACUUGCAACCUGUUUAUUUUAAAUUAAAAAAUAAAAUUACCACAGCCACUAUAUUUCAUUAUACAAGAGCACCGAGUUCCCUAACUUGGGACAGCGGUGAGUACGUAGGUGCAGUUCUUUGUGGAAGAGAGGAUAGUUUAGAGAAAGGAGAUGAUUCUGGCUUUUUAAGUUUUACCCUUACUAGAGCAAAAUCGGGAAAUGUUCAUACGCGAUGGGGCACUUACAAACGGCACAAAAGUCAGAAGUUCCAGAAAGAUAUAAUAACAGAAACAAGCUUGUCUGCUAAUAGUUAUAUUUCCGAAGUAGUUAUAAAAAUUCAAAUGGUGGAUAUAAUUUUACCGCUUACCAUAGUUGGAAUAUAUAUGCAAUUAAUAAAGCCUUUUACAUGUUUCUAUCAAUCUGUUGAAAAGGAUGUAAUUGAAAGUUCUGAACAAAAUGUAACAACACGUUUAAACAGCAUUACAAGCCUCGAUAAUGAAAUGCUACCAUUGAUAUAUUUAGAUUUUAAAGGGCUCAGACUGAUGCUUCCAGUAUCAAAUAUUACAAAAUUGAAACCGCGGCAUGAUUUAUUAAUGAUUCAGUUAGAUGGAGUCCGUAUCACUCCCCAUGCAGAAAAUCCAAUUUGCAGAACACCAUUAAGAUUAGAUAUAUAUCAACUUGCAGCUCAAGCAAAUAUUUUAAGUAUACCAGGGUCUGCUGUAGAAGAUCGGCAAUAUCAAAUUAAUAUAAAAAGUAUAUACGCACACACGACUACAUGGAAAAAUUAUCAAAUGACAAUAAAUAAAAAAAUGUCUCAAUCGUAUUUAUACACCAUGAACGAAAAUCCUGCAUUAGAAUGGAAUAAACUUGGACACGGAAGUAGUUUAGAGCGGCAAUUCUCCACGCUUCCUUUAUUAUCAAAAUUCGAUUUAUGUUUAAUCAUUGCUCCACCUGUUCUGUUUAAACCAGAUAUUACAGUAUGUGGAAGUGCAAUUGAAGUAAAUUGUAUUACAGAUAUUGAAGUAACAAUAAAUUUAGAUCAGAUUCAAUUGAUUUCAAUUCUGAAUAAUGAAUUAAGAAAUUUAUUAUUGGGAAGUUUUGAACAAAACGAAGAUAUAGCCACAUAUAACAAUAUAAUACAGAAACCUCUUUCGACUAUUGGAAGUAUUAAACAAAUUUCUUGGACAAAACAGUCUUCUGAUGAUAUAGACAUCGACAUCACUAAAGAUAGCGGUGUAGACUUCGAAACGUCCAGUGUAAAUUCUACAAUUAUUGGCAAACCAAUAUCUUCAAAUACUUCAGUACUUUUACCAUUCGAAUUUUUAGUAAACUGUGGAAAGAUAACAUUCGUACUUUAUGAUAUUCAUCAAGCAAUCACGGAGUAUGAAGUUGACAUAAAUGAAAUUGAAGAAGAUGAGGAUGAAAGCCAGAAGCAGCCAAUACUUUAUGUAAUGAUUAAUCAACCAAAUAUUUAUUUUUCGCAACAGCAUCCUUUACAAAAAAUACAAAUAUCGUGUUUUGACAUAACAAUGGCACUUGGAGACAAAGAUAAUGAAGAGUUAAUUUCAAUACCAACAGAAAAGGAUUUUAAAGUUUUUAUGAUAGAAACAAAAAAUGGUGAUUUACAUCCAGAUACAGGCAUUCCCCCAUCUUUUAUAACAAUGAAAUAUGAAAAAACUGUUGGAAAAAAUCCUCAAUUUUUUAUAGAUAUGGGUAGACCUACAAAAAUUUAUUUUUCCUUAUCAAGACUGAAUCAAAUGUACAGUAUAAAGAAUAAGAUAUUGUCAUGUCUUAUAAAACAUGAAGUAAUACCAUCAGAACAAUAUGAUAAUGUGAAAACAUCCUUAAUAAUGAAAUUGAAAAAGAUAAAUUGUCCUGAUGUGAAUAUUUGUACAAAACAAGUUGUACUAUCUCUGAAAACCGAUUCUGGUGCCGAAAUAAUAACCAGUGUAGCUUCGUUAUCCGGAAAUAUUUCGUCUCUUCUAAGACCUGACAGAAUAUUUUCCAACAUAUCUAUAGAUUCUUUUAUCGUAUCAGCAAUUCUUAAUGGGAAUAUAAAAGUACUUUUAAAUCCAUGGUGCUGUAAUAUUACAGUGUGCUUGCUUUGGGAAACAUGGUUAAACGUUGAGUCUGUUCCCCAAAUACAAGUACAGGCAGACAGUGAUAGUCUGUAUUUAGAUUUUGGACCAGAACAAAUAAAGAUCAUAAAAAAUGUUAUGGAAGAUUGUCAACUAUUAUUAAAUGAAUUUUCAAAAUCACAUGAAUCACAGUAUAGGAAUAAUGAAAAACAAAUAGUCCUAUCGACUGAGCAACAUUAUAAAGAUGAUCUUAAAGCAGGUGCAUUCCAAUUUGUUAAUGGAAAUGCAGAUGAGCUUCCUUUCCCUUAUCAAGUAAUAUUUUUUACUUAUCCCCAACAAUCAAUGGCUUGGAGAUAUCCACAACCAAGGACAUUAACAAAAAUACACGUAUUCCCAGUUCCAUUCGAAACACUGGAUUCUAAUAGUGGAUAUGUUGAUAAAGUUUUUUGUGCUCUCGAAUAUUGGAGCGACUGCCAUAUGUCCUAUCAACGAUACGCCGAUUUCUAUCUAUCAGAAACCGAUUCCUAUCGUUUAGAGUUACCUGAAAAAGCCCCAGCGAGAGCAGUAGCUUGUAUAUGGCGUGUAGUUCUGUUAUCAAACAAUAAUCAACCUGUUUCUAAAACCAUAAUCUCAGCCCGAGUUCUUGCAGCUUGUUUACGCAUUGAUUCAUACUUCAAUUCUGCAAUUAUACCUAACAUACAAGCUGCACUUAAUAUCGGCACCAUUCAUGUAUCCAUGUACAAUCAUAUUAGUACAAAUGCGUACAACAAUUUACAACCACCCUUAAAAUAUUAUACCUUGAAAGGUACAAUACCCGAAACCCAGUGUUUUAUAACUUUGGAGCAUAAAGGAGCCAUUCUUGUACUGAAUAGAUGGAUAGACGGUUCGAUGCUAAUUGAUAUUGGCGGUAUAUUUGGAAUACGUAUACUAGAUUAUGGUCAUUUAACCAUGCAAGAAAUAUUAGAUCCUCUAGAAGCAAGAUUCCAAUUAUCUCUAUCAGACAAAACUGAUAUGUCUUUCACAUGCAGUCCAUUUGUAUUAAAAUUGAGUCCAACGAUUACUCAUACGCUUAUUGUUUCAAUGCAUUUAUGGUAUACAUCCUUAGAAGAAGAAAACAAGACUAUGAUUUUAUUCACACGCUAUGUAGUAGCUAAUGAUAGCAAUGUUCCUAUCCUCUUUGGUCAAAGUGGUACAGGAGAUAACGUAUUAUUAGAGAGCAGACAAUGUACCUUUUAUUCGUGGCGAAAUAUCGGCAACAAAAUGCUACGAAUAGCAAUAGAAGAAAAUAUUUGGUUAUGGAGUAAACCAUUUUCUGUCGGUAUAGAUGGAACUCAAGCUGUUGAGUUUUGUAAUUCUAUCACAAAAGCAUCAGCAUUUGUAAGUGUUACGUCUCUUUCAGCUACUCAAAAGCUUGUAACAUUUUCUGGUCAACUUAUAAUAUCAAAUCAAUUAAUCGAUAACUUUGAAAUGAAAUUAGUUAAGUAUGAAGCUGAUGUUGAAUCAAAGAUAUCUGUAUUGAAAGAUGUAUAUCCCGUUUCUGGCAAAACUCGACCACCAUCUGUUAUACUUGAUGGAAAUAAAAAAAUGGCAAUACGUUUACGAUUCACUAAUGUUCCAAAUUUAUCUUGGACAGGAGACAUUCCUCUUCAACCUAAUGCUAAGUGGGGGCAACCAUGGCUUGUUAAAGUUCCAUUACAAGAACGUGGGCAAUUUUUAAGUAUUUGGGUACGAAUAAUAACACAAUCAAUUCAGGACAAAAUGAAAGUACUAGCUGUACUUAGUCCACUGUACAUGAUUCGUUCGCAUUUACCAGUACCAGCUAGAGUACAAAUGGACACACCUUCAUUGAAAAUAUCUUUAAGCACAAUGGUGAAUGGUCGAGGUGAAAAACAGCAACUAUAUUGUCCUGGAACAUUUGAACAUUUUCACCAGUUAACAUUUCAAUUAGAAACUGGAGUUUCUACAUCCAACCCGUAUGUCCCAUUAUCAUAUAGUUCUGUAGAUCAAAGAAAAUUCUUUAGAAGGCCCGAAACCGAAGAUAUCGAUGCUAUUUUGCAAGACCUUGAAAAACAGAAGGAUAAAAAAGAAUGGCCCUUUCAGGAAGAAGAGCUUGAGGAAUGGAUAUCAGCGGAACAACCGCAGACACAUGUACAAGUGAAAUAUCAAGAUGCUGGAUUAGUCUCAAGUACUUUAUUGUUAGAAUUACAGCCUUGGUGUUUCAUGUUGAAUUCCAUGGGAUGUCAUCUGUCUCUUGUAUCAGAAGAUAUUGAACUUUGUCAGAUUCCUCACUAUGGGAUUGUAACACCACCAAAAUUGGAAGGUACAUUCCACUUAUGUGUCGGUAUCGGUGAUACAUUUUACACGUCCCAAGCAUUACAACUAGCUCGACUUGACUGGAGUCAAAGUUUCUAUAUGCUACGAAUCGGUGGACUUAUCCCUGUUGAAGGAAAUAUUAAAUCAUGCAUAGAUUGUGGGUCAAGUGUUUCCAUCAUGAGUAUUAACUCCAGUAUGCACGAGGAUAUGCGUCUUGUACGCAUAAUGAGUAGUCAUGUUAUUAGUAAUUUAACAUCUCAAGAACUAUGCAUUGCAACAUUAGCAGUACAUGAAGAUGCAACCAAACUUGAAUUGCCCAAUGAUCUCACUCUUUAUAGUCUUAAUAUUUCACCAUCUGAGGAUCAGAAACAGGGUAUCCCAAUUACACAAUGGUACACAUUAUACAUGGAGGAUAUUGUAGAGCCUCUUGUACUUUAUAUAUCUUUAAGCUUAGGCCACAAGUGGUCUUGUCCAAUUCGAGUCGACCAAGGUAUGAGUCAUAAAUGUGUUGCAAUUCCAAAUGGCUCUACCACCAUGCCAGUAGUCAUUACAAUUCAAGAAGAUAAAAGCACAACAUAUAUAAUGAUUCACAUUGAUUAUCAUCCUCAAUUGUUGAUUGAAAAUACCUGUGCUUUUAAAAUUCUAGUGGGUCAAGCUAAUGAAACAGCAGAUGGAAUAUUACCAGAUGCAUCACACUUUACAUGGAUUUGUGAAAUAGAAAGUAACGCAACGAGCCAUUAUUCCAUUCCAUCUAUCAGUAAUAGACUACCUGACGCACCGGUUACUAAUGCAUCGAAUAUAUUACUGUUCUCUACUGUAACAAACAUUCAUUGCGAUCAAAUAACCAAAAGUAAAGAAUUGCGAUGGUCAAGAGGUAUAAAUUUAUCCGCCAUAUCAAAUGUGCCAAUGGAUCAGUAUGUACGACUACCAUCUUAUGGUGAUGUGAAAUUAAUCAUGCAAAAUCGUUGUUAUACUACCUAUAUUAAUAUCGUACCAGUAUCACAAGUAGAAGUGUCUGCAAAGGAUAUCAGAAGUCGACUUCUACGAAAAGAAAGCGACGCGAAAGAUAUAGAAACAAUGCAUGAUAAAUUUUCUACUAAUCUAGAUGAUGAUAAAGCAAUCAUAACUGUACAAAGUUCUGAAAGCUCGACUUCGGUAACAUCUUUUUUCUCAGCUCAAGACGACACUGUAUCUACAGAAGUUAAAACUUCCUCAGAGAUAAAUUUACACCAUUUGAUAACAGAUAUAGAAAAAGUAAAAGUUAAUAUGGGCAAUGAUGAAGAGAAUAAUUCUAGAGAAGGUUCUAUGACCAUUUGCCUUCGUGGGAUUACCUUCAUGAUCAUGCACGAUAUGAAUGAAAAUGCUCAAAAAAUAGAAGUGGCUAGUUUAUCUAUGACCGAUGUUGUAGUUGUUGUUACUGCAAAAUCUAGUAUUAUAAAUAUACGAAAUUUUAUAGGCGAUCUACAAUUUGAUAACCAACUAUUCGAUCAAGGAGGUUUUGAUUUUCCAGUAGUAUUAAUUAGCCAAAGUCCUCUUGUUACAAAAGAAACAGCAUUCUACACGAGCAGUUGUUUAAUGAAUAAGAUAGAACAAAUAAGAGAAAAUUCGUUAAUUGCAAUUGAUUAUAUAUUAGAAGAUCAAGGACAAUUGAUAGCAUUAAAAGAUUUUUAUUUAAAAAUUGCUCCAAUUAGUGCUUAUAUUGAAGAUACAUAUAUAACUCAAUUACGUAAUUAUGCAACAUCAAUGGCACCACCUCAAUUUUUGAUACAUGAUGAUGUAAAAAAAACAAGGACGUUAAUUUCAACUAUUGGGGUAUUCAUUCCUGAUCACAUAAUGGUUGACGCGAAAAUAUUAAGUGCCCCAUUAAGGCUACAAAAUUUAAAAAUAGAACCUGUGUCUAUCUUAUUAAGUGUUCAUACUUCUGUACAUUUAUAUGUAGCUUUAGAUCAUUCUCCUUUAUAUUUUGGUACUUUUGAAAAGAAGAAUAUUUUAACUACACCAUAUAGACUUGGUAAUGCACUCACGAUGCAUUAUUUAUCUGGUGCUAUAUUUGGAGCAGGAUGGGUAGUAGGAUCUUUAGAAAUAUUAGGUUCACCUGGAAGUUUAGCACAAGCUCUUGGUUCAGGACUUCGAGAUUUUAUUUCACUUCCAUUUCAAGGCUUAUUGCAAGGACCAUGGGGCUUCAUUGUUGGUAUAACACAUGGUUCUGCCAGCUUAAUGAGACACGUUACAGCAGGUACAUUAAACUCUGUAACAAAACUAGCAUCUAGCGUAGCACGAAAUUUAGAUCGCCUGACACUUGAUGAAGAACAUCUUCAACGCCAAGAAGAAUCUCGAAGAAUGCGUCCUCAAGGAAUGGCACAAGGAUUAUACCAAGGCUUGACAGGGCUUGGAAUGAGCCUUCUUGCUGCAGUUGCGGGUUUGGCUCAUCAUCCCUUACAACAAGUUUGGUCAGGAGAAAUAACAACUAAAAGUCUUGUAACUGGUGUUGGACUUGGACUUGUCGGAGCAGUUACUAAACCUUUAAGCGGAGCUGCAGAAUUAGUUGCAUUAACAGGACAGGGAUUACUUCAAGGAGCUGGCUGGAAUUCUUUACCCUCACCUCGACAACGACCAAUUGUUCAAUACACGUCUGGAAAUAAUAAUGCAACUAUUAGAUAUGCUUGGUGGUUAUUACCCUUACUUGAAAAUAAUCAUGGAAAUAUUUUGCAUGUUACUAAUGCAGAUUACAUGAUCCAGCAAGGCAAUAGUCGUGCUAUAACGUUAGUUUUAACACGACAUGCAUUGUUACUUGUUAAUAUGGCCGAAGAUAACGUAGAGCGAAUAUUUUUAUUAAAAGACCUAACAAGUGCCGAUCAUCAUUUGGAAUCAACAAUAUGUUUAUACUGCUCUCCUGAGACGACACAAACUAAUAGAUCUGUAUCUCCAGCGCCAUAUGAGAUGGAUCGAGAAAUGCGAGCGCGAGUAGCAGAAUAUGUACGAACUAGUAGCACUGGCUUAGCUAGUGUUUCUACAAAUAGUGAUGUACAGUCCGAUAUUUUUGAGAAUACUACUCCCAACUUCGAUCGUACACUCACAUUUUAUGUUUCUCCAGAUUCGCGUAAUUAUUUAUUAUCUUUAUUCAACAUUGCCAAGCGACAAAGCCAAGGUAGCGGAUUUACAGUGUUAUAA